AUGGCCGGCCGGGCGCGCCGCUCGCUGCUGGCGGCGCCCGCGGGCCUGCUACUGCUGCUAGGCCUGCUCUGGCCGAGGGAGGCUUGCUGUGGCUACCACGAGAAGCGGCUGCUACACCAUCUUUUGGACCACUACAACGUGCUAGAGCGGCCCGUGGUUAACGAGAGUGACCCGCUCCAGCUCUCCUUCGGCCUCACGCUCAUGCAGAUCAUAGACGUGGAUGAAAAGAACCAGCUACUUAUAACUAAUAUCUGGCUUAAACUAGAAUGGAAUGACAUGAACUUAAGAUGGAACACUUCUGACUUCGGCGGGGUCAAGGAUUUGAGAGUUCCGCCACAUAGGUUAUGGAAACCAGACGUUCUAAUGUACAACAGUGCAGAUGAAGGCUUCGACAGUACUUACCCAACCAACGUAGUGGUGCGAAACAACGGCUCUUGUCUUUACGUACCACCUGGAAUAUUUAAAAGUACUUGUAAGAUAGAUAUCACCUGGUUUCCUUUCGACGAUCAAAGAUGUGAAAUGAAAUUUGGAAGCUGGACAUAUGAUGGUUAUCAACUUGAUCUACAACUACAGGACGAAGGGGGUGGUGAUAUAAGUAGUUUUGUUACAAACGGAGAAUGGGAACUUAUAGGAGUACCAGGCAAGCGUAACGAGAUUUAUUAUAAUUGUUGUCCCGAGCCGUACAUUGAUAUUACAUUUGCAGUGGUAAUUCGGCGAAAAACAUUAUACUACUUUUUCAAUCUAAUCGUACCAUGCGUGCUCAUUGCCUCAAUGGCCUUACUGGGUUUCACUUUACCACCAGACUCCGGAGAAAAACUAUCGUUAGGUGUUACAAUUCUGCUUUCCUUGACCGUGUUUCUGAACAUGGUAGCAGAAACAAUGCCAGCGACAUCAGAUGCUGUUCCACUGUUGGGCACAUAUUUCAAUUGUAUUAUGUUCAUGGUGGCUUCUUCGGUCGUAUCCACGAUCCUUAUUCUUAAUUAUCACCACCGUCAUGCUGAUACACACGUGAUGAGCGACUGGAUCCGAUGUGUAUUCCUGUACUGGCUGCCUUGGAUCCUUCGUAUGUCACGACCAGGUGACGCGACCACGCCACCACCCGCUCGCGCGCCUCCUCCUCCGGACCUGGAAUUGCGCGAGCGUUCUUCGAAAUCGCUACUAGCUAACGUGCUCGACAUCGACGACGACUUUCGACAUACCCACGCGCAGCAGCCGCCUUGCUGCCGAUACUACAGGUCCCUCGACGAUCUACACGAACACUACUCGCCGAGUGGCGAAGAAAAUGGCGCGGGUCUAGCGGCGCAUAGCUGCUUCGGUGUCGACUACGAGCUCUCUCUCAUUCUUAAAGAGCUUCGAGUCAUCACAGAUCAGAUGCGCAAGUCAGACGAAGAUGCGGACAUUUCGCGCGACUGGAAAUUCGCAGCCAUGGUCGUGGACAGACUGUGCCUUAUUAUCUUUACCCUGUUCACAAUCAUUGCCACGCUAGCCGUGCUACUGUCCGCACCCCACAUCAUGGUGUCGUAG